AUGCUUGUCCCAAGGGAACUUGCCACCAUCGACAACAACACCACCAAUAGUCGUACCAUGACCACCAAUCCACUUAGUAGCCGAAUGGACAACAAUAUCAGCACCAUGGUCAAGAGGCUUAACGAGAUAACCACCAGCACCGAAGGUGUUGUCAACGACAAGAGGAAUUCCGUGCUUAUGAGCAACAGCGGCAAGAGCCUCGAAAUCAGGGAUGUUGUACUUGGGGUUACCAAUACUUUCAAUGUAAAUGGCACGAGUCUUCUCAUCAAUGGCCUUCUCGAAAUCAGCUGGAUCAUCACCGUCAACAAACUUGACAUUGACACCAAUUCUCUUGAAUGA